CCGGUAAAUUUUCUCUAUCUCAAGUUAAAUUCCGGUAGUUGAAUGCUGAAAUGUAUGCCUUUUCCCAACUACGUCGGUGUCUUAAAUCAGUUAAUCACCACUAUAAUACCCCUGUUUAUCCCAUCAUAUCUCUUAAUAAAUUUGUUAACUUGUUUAGUACUUCAAAUUCAACCCAAAUUAGUGAAAUCCCAGAAACAUCAAGUCCAAUUUCAGCGAUUUCUGAGAUCAUAGCUAAACAGCAUUGGAAAGAAUUGAGAGAAAUUUUGAAAGAAACGAACCCUAAUAAUAUUUUGCAACAAUUGUUUGAUUCUAAGUCUAACCCACGUGUGAUUAUUCAGUAUUUUAAAUGGUUGGAGGGAACAUAUGGUUUGUCGCAUGACAUUGAGGUGUAUAUUAAGCUUUUUUAUUUGUUAGCUAGUGAGAAAUUAUAUGGAGAAAUUAGGAAGUUGUUGAAUGUGUUUGUGAGGAAUGGGAAGUACUCGAAUUCCGAGAUUUUUCAUGCUCUGUCGAGGUUUGGUGACUCUGCUGGGGUUGAUUCGAUGUUGGUUGAUAUGUUGAUUCAGACAUAUGUUAGGAGUUUGAAGGUUGGUUUGGCAGUUGAAGCGGUUAGGCGAGCUUGGCAAUAUGGGUUCAGGCUAUCACUUUUGUCGUGUAAUCCGUUGUUAAGUGCUUUGGUUGAUGAAGGGAAGAUAAAGAUUAUGGAACAUGUGUAUAAGGAGAUGAUUAGGAGGAGAGUACAUCCUAAUCUUGUAACGUUUAACACGGUAAUUAAUGGGUUUUGUAAAGUUGGUCAGUUGCAACGGGCGAGUGAUCUUUUGGAGGAUAUGAAAUUAUGGGGUUUAUCUCCAUCGGUUGUCACUUAUAAUACUCUUAUUGACGGGUGUUGCAAGGGGGCGAGGGUUGGAAAGAUGUAUAAAGCGGAUGCUCUUUUGAAAGAAAUGGUGUCAAUGAACAUUAGUCCGGAUGAGAUCACCUACAAUACUCUUAUUGAUGGGUUCUGUAAGGAUCAAAACUUGCUGGCUGCUUUGAAGGUUUAUAAAGAGAUGCAUAUCCAAGGAUUGAAGCCUGGUCUUAUUACUUAUAACCUACUGAUCAGGGGGUUUUGUGAUGAUGGGAAAAUUGACGAAGCUUUAGAGUUUAAGAAUGACAUGUCUCUUCUAGGUUUGAAGCCGAAUAUUAUGACAUAUAAUAUCCUCAUCAACGGCUUCUCUAAAAAGGGAUUGGUCAAAGAAGCUACAGAGCUGCUAGAAGAUGCUGACAAAAAUGGUUUAAUUCCUAGUGUUAUAACCUUCAAUACUUUGAUUGAUGCUCAUUGCAAGGCUGGCAUGAUGGAUGAAGCUGUUGCAUUGCAAAAGUUAAUGUUUGAUAGAAACAUUUCCCCAGAUGUCUCAACGUAUAAUUGCUUGAUUGGGGGCUUUUAUAAAAAUGACGAUUUUCAGGCGGCUGGUGAUAUCUUAAAAGAAAUGAAGGUUGUUGGGCUCGAAGCUGAUACUGUGACAUAUAACAUAAGGAUAGGUGCUCUUUGCCAGAAAGGCAACACAAGAAAAGCAGUUAAGCUACUGGAUCAAAUGCUUCAGAUGGGUGUAACUCCAACUCAUGUGACCUAUAAUACCUUAAUUGAUGGCUACUGUACAAAAGGAAAUCUCAGGGAUGCCAUGAAUAUGAGAAUGAGAAUGGAGAAAGAUGGUAAGCGAGCAAAUGUUGUCACAUAUAAUGUGCUAUUAAAGGGUCUUUGUAACAAAGGCAAGCUGCUAGAAGCAAACAAGCUUCUAAAUGAAAUGCUGGAGAAAGGUUUAGUUCCUAACAGGAUCACCUAUGAUAUAAUUAAGGAGGAAAUGAUGGAGAAAGGAUUUGUUCCUGAUAUCGAUGGACAUCUUUAUAACCAAUCUUCUACGUCUUAAUCUAGCUCAGAGCUAAUUGCCUGAAUGCUUUUAUAUCACUGUUUUGUUGACAGUUGAUGAUGUUAGAUGCUUCUUGCUGCUUCUGGACUUCUGAAUUUCCCUUCUUGAAGAUAUUCCACCCAUUGAUAGAGAACUGGAAGAAGAAUAUUCAGAAGUAGAUUACAUGGCUGCACCAUCCUGUAUUUGACCGAGGAUUAUGUCACUGUUUGGCUACACUUAUUUGUGGGGCUUGUAAUCAAUGAUCGGCUACCUUUUGGUGUAAGCCCCUCCAUAAAAUUAUGUUUAGUUUAAAUGUGAAAUAUCUAUAUAUGUUGUACGUUCUUUUCCCUCGGGUUAGAUUAAUUAUGAAUCUAUAUGGCCUGACUUGGGAGUUCUGUGUAAGUAAUUGAUUUACUACAAAAUUACCACUUACUGGGGUGGAUAUAAGCUGACAAGCAAAUUAUUUGGAUCUGUUACUA